AUGCCUAGCGCCACGGGAUCCAACUGGGAGAAGUACCAGAAGAACUUUGCCGAUGAUGAGGAGCCGGAAAAGAAGAUCACACCUCUUACAGAAAGCGACAUCGCAGUACUGAAGACCUAUGGUGCGGCUCCAUAUGCAAAUGCCUUGAAGAAACUCGAGAAGGACAUCAAGGACAAGCAAGCAAGUGUGAACGAGAAGAUUGGCGUCAAGGAAUCCGAUACUGGUCUUGCGCCUCCACAUCUGUGGGACGUUGCUGCCGAUCGGCAACGAAUGGCCGAGGAGCAACCGCUUCAGGUGGCCCGUUGCACGAAGAUUAUUCAGGACGAGAAGGAUGCCGACAAGAGCAAAUAUGUCAUCAACGUUAAGCAGAUCGCCAAGUUUGUGGUGAAUCUAGGGGAGCGUGUCAGUCCCACAGAUAUUGAGGAAGGCAUGCGUGUCGGUGUCGACCGAAACAAGUACCAAAUCAUGCUACCACUCCCACCGAAGAUCGACCCCAGCGUUACGAUGAUGACCGUUGAAGACAAGCCUGAUGUUACAUACGGCGACGUGGGUGGAUGCAAAGAGCAGAUUGAGAAGCUACGAGAGGUGGUUGAGAUGCCGCUCCUAUCACCAGAGCGAUUUGUGAACCUUGGUAUCGACCCACCAAAGGGUGCGCUCCUCUACGGUCCUCCGGGAACUGGAAAAACGCUCUGUGCCCGUGCGGUUGCCAACCGAACCGACGCAACGUUCAUCCGUGUCAUUGGCAGUGAGUUGGUCCAGAAAUAUGUUGGUGAGGGUGCGCGAAUGGUGCGUGAGCUCUUCGAAAUGGCUCGGACGAAGAAGGCGUGCAUCAUUUUCUUCGACGAAAUCGAUGCUGUCGGUGGUGCACGAUUUGAUGAUGGCGCUGGUGGCGACAAUGAAGUUCAGCGUACCAUGUUGGAAUUGAUCACGCAGUUGGAUGGUUUCGAUGCUCGUGGUAACAUCAAGGUCAUGUUUGCAACCAACCGACCUUCAACCCUCGACCCGGCCUUGAUGCGUCCCGGUCGUAUCGACCGAAAGAUCGAAUUCUCACUUCCCGACGUUGAGGGCCGUGCCAACAUUCUCCGCAUCCAUGCCAAGAGUAUGUCAGUUGAACGGGAUAUUCGAUGGGAGUUGAUCUCUCGCCUGUGCCCCAACGCAACCGGUGCCGAGCUUCGCAGCGUUGCGACCGAGGCUGGUAUGUUCGCAAUUCGGGCACGGAGAAAGGUUGCUACGGAGAAGGACUUCCUAGCAUCUGUGGAGAAGGUCAUCAAGGGCAACCUCAAGUUCAACUCUACAGCGACCUACAUGCAAUAUAAUUAG